AUGGCAUCUGGCCAAGAGAAGGAUAUGGCAAGGGAGGAAGGGCCCACUGCACCUAAUGAGGUGGUGAACAAUGCUGCUGAGAUUGACCUCAAUCAAGAUGAGGCAAUGGUUGACCUUGAGUUGGAUAAUAUUGAGGACCUGGACCUGGACUUUGGAGAUGAGCAUAACCAUGGUGAAGCUGAGAACCAUGAUGAAGCUGAGAACCAUGAUGAAGCUGAUAAUCAUGGUGAAGCUGACAACCAUGGGGAAGAGGAUAACACCGGUGAAAAGGAGAACACUGGUGAUGAAAAUGACUUCACUGAGGGUGAAGGCAUGAGUUCUCCUAUCUCCGAGGAGAGUGUCCAACUCCAUGCUAAAGUGGCAACUCAGAAUAUCACCAUCCUGCAGCAGCAGGCGUCCAUUGAUGGACUCAAGAAGCAUACUCAGAACCUUGAGGCUGAUCUGCGCAUUGCCACGAAGGAGGUUACUGACUUCCGUCGGAGCUUGGGCACUAAAAAGCGCCAGAUUGAGUGGCUUCAGAAGACUUGCACUAAUCUGCAAGCAUCAUUCAACAAGCUCCAUGACCAGUUCAAAGAGCUUAGGAGGGAGGGCAUUUUCCAGCCUCCUCCUGGGCGUAGGCCCGCUCCUACUGCUCAGCCGGCAUCCGCUCCGCCCGCACAUACGCCGGUAGGCGCUGCGACGGCUAUGCACCAGCCACCUCCAACCGAGACCUCGCCCUUUGGGUCUCUCUCGACGCCUCUGCCUGAGUUUAACCAUAGCAAGACGGAGGUGCAGCCUUGGCUUGACCUGGUGAAUGACACCAUGAUCCUUGCGAUUGUGCGUCCUGAGGCUCGCGUCACUGCAGCUACUCGUGCAUUGGACGAGGUGGCCCGCAGGGCAGUGUAUGGCGCUAAGAAGCAGGCGCAGGGACCGCCUCUCUGUCAAGCUGCAGCAGGCACACAUGACCGGUGGCAUGACCAAUUGGACGACCUACAAGGAGAUGAAGGAGCAGGUGGUCCUGCAAAGCCAGACCAGCAGCCCCGUGCUGAGAGCUCUGGUGGUCGUGGAAACCGACCCCAGAAUGCCAACGGCGGAGGCGGUUGGAACAAGCGACCCUUCCAUCAGCGUGAUCACCAGCCUGGACCACAGGCCAAGAGGGCUAACGGGGGGGAAGGUCAUGGCCCUAACAAGCCCGACUUCUCCAAGAUGAGGUGUAACGGCUGUGGAAGGAUUGGACACAUCCAAAAGCACUGCCGUGACAAGAACGCUAUCAAGUAUUCUGGGAAGCCUAAGCUAGGCGGCGCUGGACCUUCUGAAAAGAAGGAUUUUCAGGAGCCCAACUAG